AAUGAAAUGGAUUCUAUUCGUUUACGCGCUCUCAUUGAAAGCGGAAUCCAAACUUGAGACGUGCGAUUUAAUUUUACCGGCGAUUACGAUUCGAUUUUUUACGUACGAAAAUAAUAUAUUUAGUGAGUUUUUGUCAAACUUCAAAGUUUACUGGAAGCUGAUUUUGCCAAUUUACUAACAUUUGGAAUCAGCAACCACGAACUGAACUUCAAAGAGGCAUUUUGGACAAUUUGCCAAGUGUAUAUAAAUAAAGAGUUUAGUAUUUUCCACCUUAAGUCGUUGUGACUAUAAGAAAAUGACUUUAGAAGAAAAUCUUCAAGUAAACCAUUGGAGCUGUUAGAUCGAGAAGCCAAAGGCGUUUUCACAUAAUCUGAGCGACUUAUGGGAAGAUCAUGCGACGAAUUUUGAGCAGUUUUUUUGUACUACUAACAGUGGUAGCAGGGACGUCAUUAGAUAAACCAUCGGCUAAGCAAAGAAGCUACGUAUGUCCUCCAAAUUUCAUCCGACUAAGUCACAAAUGUUACUUCUUCAGCAAGGAAAAACUGACCUUUCAUGACGCUUUUUUCAAGUGUCGUUCACUGCAUAGCAACUUAGCUAUCAUUAAGAACAGUAACCAAGAUAAGCAUAUUAAGAAAACUCUGAGCAGUCGCACUGUUGAACCGUUGGAGAGAUGGUUGGGUGGUCGUUUUGACUGGCAGAAGAAACAAUGGCAAUGGGCGGCAUCGGGAAAACCGCUCACAUAUAAUGGAUUUGACAGUUCUUUCAACCAGACUCAAGAAAGCCUCCAGUGGCAGUGCAUAACAAUCGAUCCAGCAUUUCAGUAUCGAUGGAACUCUCGAAGCUGCUACCAAGAGCGUAACUACAUAUGCCAAAAGAAACUUCGGACCAUCGACAAUAAUAAAUCAAGAAAACGACUUUUGGAGCAAUAUGAAAGUAAAAAACUCAACGAAAUCCCGAUCCCGGAUAUUUCGAAUGAUGUCCUCCUGAAUCCUCCUGUGAAUCCCCCAUCAAGUCAACCACAUUCAUCUGAUAAGUCCGAUCCGUUCCACAUAGAAAUUUAUCCUCUCAACUCUCAUACAGUACCAGACCGGAAACGGAAAAUAAAACCAAUCAAACCAAUCAAGAAUAAAAAGAAGAAAAAUCGAACUGCUGCAGCUUUGAAAGUGCUGAAUGAUGCUAAUGGUCCGAUUGAUGAUGGCAAUGAACCGCUACUGGCUAUGAAUGAUUCGCCUUAUAGAUCAAGAAGAAAUAAAGCCAAAGACGACGAUACGAGGCAACGAAAAGGAGAAAUGUUUUACUCCACGUACAAAGAAAAUGGCGUUAAGAAGCAUCCACUGCAUCCUAGGCCAAUAGUUGAGGAAUAUAAUUUUGAUAAAACAGCUUAAAAUGCAUUUUGCAUUGAAGUUCAGAUAAAGAUCUUUGUGGGCUAAAUUCGAUUUUCUCAUAUUUUUAUAAUUUUGCUGGAUGACGUUGGUUAGUUACUGUUAUUAAUUUUAUAGGGAUGUCAGAAACAUUGAUGCGACAAAAAAAAAGCGAAUGGCAGAAUAAUUUACGACUGCAUAUUUUUAUGUAAAAAUAUACUUCCAGCGAAAUUUGCUAUAGAUGUUUAUUAACACUUUAGAUAUAGUUAUUUAUUUUUUUAACAAACCUUGAGUGAUUUUGUUACUUGGCUAGUUACUCGCUUAGCUAUAAUAUUAAUAAAACGAUAGUUUUAAAAGUA